AUGCUUCAAUCCCUCCUCACGACCCUCUUUAGCACACGCACAGGAAAAGCGACAGGAUUAAAGCUUGAACAGGCCCGCUCUCGCUCUGAUGGCGUUUUGAGUGAGGCAGAUCACAAUCGAGUAGAAAACCUCCAGGGUUUUACGAGAACCCGUGAAUACGUUUCUUCUCACCACAUUCUAAAACUUUGUGCGUUGAAGUUCACUGCAGAGAGCUCUGAUCUAGCCAACAAGCUGACAAAGGCUGAAACUGAUCUUGAAGCCGUGAACCGGCUCUCUGAAGAGAUUCUUGCUCAAAAGGAUGAACAACAGCGCAAGGCAAAUCAGGAAUUGGAUAUCGUGAAACACAAGCUUGCCAGUUCAGAAGAAGAAGUCAGUGUGUUGCGCACACAGUUGACGGAAAAGGUUGUGGAAAUCGAAAACCUGUGUCGUCAACUGGCACAAUCUUCUAAGGAAAUCGAGGUCAAGCAAAAGGCCUUGGAAGAGGCAAAAGCGCUUCGCCUAAAAUUGCUUAGUGAGCAGUCUGCAAAGGAAGGGUCACUGAAUCAACUUGAAGCUGAAAAGGAAACUGCAGAGAAAAAGCUCAAUGAACUCAUGACCAAUUUCGAGCAGUUGAAGGUGGCCCUGAGCCGCCAAGAGCGACUGACGGUCGAAGCGUCAGAUCGAGCGGCAGUUGCUCAAGCCGAAGCCGAGAAGGCCCGGACUCGAGCCACAAGCGUUGAGGUGCGUGCGGCUGAGCGGGAAUCAGACCUUAAGGACCGAAUACGCCUUCUUGAAGAACGCCUUGUCCUCCUUACCGAACCUGAUGCUGCACUUUUUGCCGAUCAUAUCGAGGAAGCGAAGUUAACCACAAGUCCUAUUCCCGAUGACUCGUCGCCAGAAGCUGCAUCAGCACGUUGCGUCACCUUAUUGGUCGAGCGAAAACUACUGGAGACUCGGUUGUCUGAGACGCGGAAGCACCUAGAAGAUGUCAAGUCUACGUGGAAUGAAAAACUCUCUGCUCUCGAAUCACAGAUCACUCAUCUCAAUGAGAAAAUAGCCGAAGACUCUGCUGAACAUUCGUCCUCUCAAAUCGAAUGGGAACAUCAACGGAAACAUCUCGAGUCUUUGGUGCGUAGUGCUAUCGGUGUGGGUAACUUAUCCACAGUUUUCCCAUACGUCCAGCCAACUGAUGUGAUUCCAAUAGAGACUCCACGUAGCGGACCGUUCUUAAAGGCUGAAUUUUUCCCACAGGUGACGGAGUUGCAGGAGCAAUGCGCUGAAGCUCAGGCAAGGGCGGCCAAAUUGCAGUCAGAUCAGGCAGACAACGAACGCCUGGCGGGCGAGCAGAACCGUGAGUGGGAGGUGGAAAAGAAGUCGCUGUUGGCAAAAAUCGCAAAAAUGGAACAGGCUGCUGAGGCUGAAAGCCGAGCACACGCCGAAGUGCUCCAAAAAACGCAAGACCUUCAGUCGCGGGUCUCUGCUCUGGAGACGGACAAAGAGAAUUAUGUGAAGGAGGUGGACGCACUGAAGCGCGAGAAAAUUGAAUUAGAGUCUCAACUCGAUUCAACGAAGGCAGAGGUUACGCAACUUCGAGAGGAGUAUGCAGCCUAUCAGACGUCAGCCACUGAGAGUCAAGAAAGGGCGAAGAAAGUCGAACAGGAACUCCAGCACCUAGGCAAUGCAAACAACGACCUGACAACGGAGAUAGCGAACUUGACGAAUGCCCUUGAAGCCGAAAAGGAAGCCGGUGCACGCCACUUAAAUGCCCUAAACGAGGAGAUUUCCAAGCUCAAAGCUCAGGUGCAGACCUCAGUUGACCAAAUUUCUGACGCACAAAAGACGGCAAAUGCGGCCGAAGCUGCACGUCGCCAGGUGGAUUCCGAACGGAGCGCUCUUCAAACUAAACUUGUCGAGAUGGAAAAGGUGUUCGAGGCGAAGAUAGCCGAAGUUAAGGCGAAGCAAAAAGAAGACGAGGAUGCUCGUACAUCGUCGGAGGUUGCUGCCUUAAAGGCAGUGAUUGAAGAAUUGAACGAAACAAUGUCUGACCGGAAUAAGCUCCCGUCUCUUUUGGUUCAGACUAUUCGACUGCAGAAGCAGAAGCUGUCCGAAUUGAAGAGGGCCUUGGGUCAGGGACUCAGGCCGGUCACGGCGUCCAACCUCUCCCUCAUCUCCACCGACGAGGAGGCCCACAAUCACACCCAGCCCUUCGUCACCUCCAAGUCAGUUGUUUGUAGUAGCAUGUUCUUUCCCAUGUACUCCUCCCGCCAUAUCGACGUCGUUUCGCCUCCACAAAUUGUUGAUGAGGUGACCCUUCCGCCGCUAAUCACCAGCCGCCAAACCGCAGCCCCACCGCCCGCUCCUUCCAGCCCCCCCGCGAUGCUCCCCGACGAGAGGCACGACCGCGGUGCUCGCCAGAUGCCGCUGUCGCCCUCAGCGCUGCUCCUCGACAGCCAAUCCGACGUGGACACGGUCAACUUCGGAUACCUCCGGCACGUGCUUCUCAAGUUUCUGCUCAGUCGUGAGUCGGAGGUGGGUGCUAUGAUUGAACUACCUCACUACAUCGACACCAGUUUCCAACCCCCUUGUGUCAUUCACCUGCAGGCCCUCCAACUAGUGCGUGCGGUGGCGACCAUUCUGCGUCUGUCUAAGGAGGAUGAGUUCCUGAUCAGACAGAAGCUGGAGCAACGCCGAUCCUGGUUCGCUGCGCCUGUGGUCUCGCCGAAAGCCACCGGCCAAUUCUCCAAAGUGGUCUCACCUUAA